AUGCGAGAAGAUAUAGACUUUCCCGUUGAGAUAGAUUCUCAUGUUCUUGCAGACGUGGACUAUAGAGAUUUUACCACCCCCCGGAUGCUAUUAUUUCGUUGUCAAGGGAAGUAUCUCUCUUGGUGUCGGGAACACGGCUUCCAAUUCCUAUACUCUUUGGGAGCCAAGUCGUAUAGCUUAGGCCUUUCCAUCGUACUCCUCUUGAUGCCAUCAAGCAAGGCGCUUGGUCUUAAUGAUUAUGCCUUUCCCUUGGCACUUGAAAGAAGGGAAUCCAGUGUGAAUGCUAGCUCCGCUCCAAGGAAUUGCCUUAGGUCUAAGCUUGACUAUGGAGAGUUUUUCUUUCAGCAUCUUCCGCUCCUGGCGAUUCCGCUUACUCCAGCCAAGUUAGCUAUUGGACUAAGACUAAGGGAUGGCUCAUUGAUAGUAGCUUGUCGGAAUGACUGUACAGGUACUUCGGCAAAGGGACAAGCACUGGAUCUUCCAUGCCGUCACUAUCUGAGAAUCAUCUUUCCAUGGCCGCAUGUCUAUUGGUAUACUGAAAUGGAGCAGUCACGAAUCACCACUGGCUUUCAUUCGUACCUGAUCCUCCUCCCCAAUCACAUAUACUUCUCUACUUCUGCUUGCAGUGAUAAUAUCACAUGCGGAAGCGCGCGUACGCUAGAAAGACGUAUAAGCAAGCCUUUCUUUAUGAGUAUGAGUCAACCAAGCCGCUUCAAAGAACAAAGGUCUCUGGAAUGCCGACUGAGGUCACUUUGCAGGUCAAAAAGAAGAAAGAGGGUGGUGAUCGGAUUUGACUGGAGGCAGAUUCCGGACAGCAGCUUCCGGGAAAAAUGA